CUUUUGAUGUAUCAGACGAAGAGUAGAGGAUUUUUGAAAGAGCUAGCAUAUUCGCCUAGGGUUUAUCGGGCAUCCUAGGGUUCUUGCGGAAGGAGAGGCAAAGGCGCGAUGGCGAUGUCGACGUUUGUGAUGACGCUGGCGGCAAUCGGCGCCGCGUACGUGAUGAUGCGAGGCGACGUGGUGAAGUCCUCGGCGGUGCUGCGCAGGAAUCUCAAGCAAGUCAAGACAUGGCUGGAGGAGGAUCUCCCUCACGAAUCCUCCCAGGCUGCGAGGAGCAUUGACGUCAAGCCCAAGCACAUAGAAGAGCGGCCGAUUUCGUCCAUGCCAGUCGAUCCACAGCCGCAUUCUCACCAGCAGCCGCAGCCGCAGCAGCAAGCAAAUCCCCCAGAUCAACAGAAGCAACAGCAAAUGUGAGAGACCGAUUUUAGGGUUCUUCGUUAUCAACGGCUCAGAUAAUAAGAAUCACCGCCGUCCGCGUGUCCACGUGGACGACAUCCGGCUUUCACUGGCUUAUCGCAAUCCAUAGUGACAGGAGUGGUAAUGGCGUCGCCACCUAAAUCCAAUCCGGAUGGAGCGUCUCGCCGCCAUAGCCCGAAUCAAAUAUUGCCAUUCACAUUC